UGAGACAGAUGGGGUGAGGAACAAUGGCCGGACCCGUGUGGAGGGCGGCAGCGACUGACACAGAAUGUCUGGACCGGAGCCAGAACCAGAACCAGGCCAGCUGUCUCCGCCCUGCCCGACCUCACCCGCCCCGCGGCGCUCCGGGGUCGAGGCGAUGACACGGAGCGACGGCCCGCCCCGGCCGCGUCAGACGGGCCGAACACACCCUGAGGGAGCGGCACAGCUGGGUGUUGGCAGCGUGGGCAGCGGAUCAGAACCAGAACCCUCCGCGGCAGAUAUAAUGGCUACAGCGAGCACCUCAGGGCAGAGCAGCUUCGGGCUUGGAAAGAAGAAGAAGAGUCCCGGUCUGAUGGAUCAGCUAAGCAAAUUGUUUGGAGGAGAGAAGAAGAAGAGGAGCAAGGGCUCGUUCAGGGGUCACCUGGCCGCCUCGCCCCAGCAGCCCUCUGCCCGUCGUCGGACCAAUGAAAACGCCGUGGUGCAUUUCUUCAGGAGCCUUGUUUCCUCCCCGCCUCCUAAAUCCACGUGGAGAGAAGUCUUGGGUUUGGCCUCUGCGUCGCGAACUGAGAGCACGAAGUCGCCGGUCAGGAGACGCAGAGAACAAAGCACGCUGUCCAGGAUCUUCAACCUGGGAGAAACCAAGUCCCGUCCACCCCCAAAACGCUGGAGCACCAUCUUCUAAGCUCUCCGCCGACCUCCACCGCUUAGAUCCAACGGGACCAGAACACCACCAGGAAGGAGAGGCGGAUCCCCAGGAGUCAGACCCACAACCUCAACAAAUGUUAAC